UAGUUCUAGUGCUCUCGUUUGUCAUAAAACAUCCCCAUUGUGAUCAAUUAUAAGACACACGAGAGCGCGUGUGUCUUAUCAGAGCGAGAAUCUCGUCUUUAAAGAUCUUCGUUGAAAUUGCGCACAAAGGACAAUUAUUUUUUUUUACAAAAACUAUGUUAUUUUACAACCGAAAGAAUCUUUGAGACGAACCGACUUCACAAAACUCUUGCCGCAACAAAAAAAAAAAAAAAAACAGUGUGUUGGAUAUAUCGAGAUUUCCUUAUAAAUGAAAUCUUUUCCGAUUAAUUUUCUCCUAAUAGUUCGUAAAAAGAAUGAUGAGUUUCAUUAGACGAUAUUCUACAAGAUAAUCGCAGAAAUAUCAACGCGAUCUUAUCCGCUGACAUUUCGCUUCUAUCAGGGGCGCCGUAAAACACCCCUGAGCCGCGCGCCUGCGAAAUAUCAGAUUCCACCACCUAACUCGCGUGUGUCCUUGUCGUCAUCGUUCAGUCUUGCCUCCACUUCCAUCCGCACUUCAUCUUUCGUCCAGACAGUCGCGCGACUAUGCACUACAUAAUUUUACUUAUCGUCUUUAAUUUCGACUCUCGCUGAGAAAAGGUAAACUUGUCCCGCGCGAAUAUCUCUGUAUUUUCUUUAUACCUACAAAGAAUGUACUUAUCAGUAAGAGAACAUCGAAGAUUCAACAGGUAUCCCGAGUGGCGCAGUGAGAGAGUUUCGUCACGAUCUUAAUUUUACAUCAGUUUCAGAUUAAAAUAACGUGCUUUUCGCCGAAUUCUAUAAAACGAGAUGGAAAAUCAAUGAAAAUAAGUGAUACGCGCGGGAAAGCUUUGCGGUUCUCAGGCCCGUUACAUGAAUACCAACGAUGGGAGAACCUCUUCGAGUUCGGAAAGCUCGAACGAAGACAAGAAAGACACGAGAGAAAAUAUCGAGAAUACAGAUGAGGAUUCUGGAGAGGAAGUGGUGGCAAACUCCGUUACAACAACGGAUUGUGAUGUCAAACCCACUGGAGAAGAAUCGUAUUCGGAAAAUAAAACCGAGUCACCGGAACUGCCGCCGACAAUUCACGAACGAUUCUCGCGUAUCAAGCAAACCGUGAAGGACGCUAUAGCUGCUCACCACACUUUUAUGAUUUAUGGCAAGUCACAGGUCAUUCGCGAUUGCAUGUUGAAGAGAGGAUGGUGCGAGAAGUUUUAUCGCAGAUACAACGGUUCAACCGGCGAACAGCAUCUCAGCGUCGAUUCCAGUCCGGUGAUUCUGCUGGCUGGUAUCGGCGAUCUGAAGGAUCAGCAAAGCGAAGGUCUGUUAAUAUCGAGAAUGCUCAACAAUUACACUGUCGAUUUCCUGUGGAACUGCGGAUCCGACUGGCCCUGCUGGCCCGCUCAGGAUAACAAAACUACUGUGUUCAAUCGGUACUGUCGAGCUGGUUUUACGUCUAAGGUGGGCUUGUGCUCGAGCGUCAGACAAAUGCACUGGUAUUACGAGGCUGGAGUGGCCAACACUCUGUUUCCGCGCUGCUACAAUCUAUGCCAGGCCGAUCAGAUGCACGCUUUCACGGAGGACUUUCGACUAACAGCUUGCCUGAGUCUCUUGAAGUGGUUGGUGGACAAGGUCAAUGCCGAAGACGAAGACGCGGUGCGCUCCACAACCGGCGCGAUACCGCUCAAAGCCCUCGAUUUCGCAAUUAAGAGAUGCAGCGAUUACAUCAGCGCACAGUCACACGAGGACAUCGAUCAGGAAGCCGAAAAGAUCUGGUCCCAUCAGUGGGACCAGUUCAUCAGUUGGUAUUAUCAAAUCGUUCACGGCCAAGCCCUAUUUGUUCGCACCAAUGUGCCUUUUAAUAAAUACGUUCUGGCUUCGAAGCACAUAUUAAAGAAAAUGAGGAAAUACUGGUCGCAGAUCGACAUGGACGGCAUAAAGAACGUGUGGAUUCUAAAACCCGGAAAUAAGAGUCGGGGACGGGGAAUCGUUCUGAUGAACAAGUUGGAAGACGUGAUGGCGAAGGUGAAUCCAACAGGCAAAUCGGACACGCGAUACGUUGUCCAAAAAUACAUCGAACGACCGUUACUGAUUUACAAUACAAAAUUUGACAUCAGGCAGUGGUUUAUCGUGACGUGCGCUCAGCCUUUAACUCUCUGGAUGUAUAGAGAGAGCUACCUUCGUUUCUGCUCCCAAAAGUUCAGUCUGGACGAUUUUCACGAGUCGAUUCACCUAUGCAAUCACGCGAUCCAAUGCAAAUACAAUAACUGCGGCGACAGGGACCCUGCUCUACCCGUGGACAAUAUGUGGGACGCCACGACAUUCAAGAACUUCCUCAAAUCACAAGGCCACGAAGACGCGUGGGACGAGCUGAUCUACCCCGGAAUGAAGCAAGGUCUUGUGGGUUCGUUGCUGGCCAGUCAGGAGGCCAUGGAUCGACGGAAAAAUAGUUUCGAAUUGUACGGCGCCGAUUUCAUGGUGAUGGAAGACUUUUCUGUGUGGUUGAUCGAAAUCAAUAGCCAUCCGGACAUGAGUUACUCAACCAGCGUUACCACGCGAUUAUGUCGACAAGUGAUGGAAGACACUAUCAAAGUUGUGAUAGAUCUUCGUGAGGACAAGAACGCGGAUACCGGCGGCUUCGAAUUAGCGUAUAAGCAACGUAUGCCGAGCUGUCAGCCGUAUUUGGGCGCGGCUCUGUCGCUUCACGGUACUCGCAUCAUCACUUGCGAGAAGAAACCAAGUCCGAUUCAGGAUUCCAGAGCCAACUCAAUCGCGAGAUCUCCCAUAGUGAAGAAGAAACCGACGGUGCACAACAGCAUCGGGCCGGUGAUCGUCGAUCUCAUAGAGGAACUCGAGAUUCAACUCGAUCAAGAGUUGUGUUCUUAUUACAGCAAUACAGAUUCACCGAAAUCGAGACCAGCACUUCCGGCAACCGCGCCAGCGAAGCCGAAGAUGUUCGCUACUAACGAGAAAACGGAAACCACCGCGAAAAGCACUUCAGCGGGGACGACGUUGAUUCAGAAGACGAAGUCACCGACUAAUAUCGCUACCAAUCAAGUUAAAUCUUCAAAUGAAGGAAAAGGUUCUUCGCACAGACUGUUGCAAAAGUCACGCACGUUUGCCGACACCGUAAACAAUAAACCCGACACAUCCCCAACGAAACAGACGUUGAUCUCAAAAAUCAUGGCUCUUCAGGAGCAAUCGACAAACAUGGCGCCUAAAUCUGUAAAACCAUCGAGGAAAAAGGAGGAAAGAAUCAUCAAGACUGCAAUGCGAGACGCCGCGAAGAAGUACAAAAGAAACGUGAUCUCAUCGGAAGUACCGCCACUGCCAUCGCUAGUUAUGCCAAAACUAAAAAUCACCACCUCGUCGUCGACGAGCAAGGGUAACACCCGCAGCUUUCCGAAAAAGCAAACGCUAAAUCACAAAAAGAAAAAAGUUUUAACAGACAUCACCGACAUGUACGCUGUCGGUUUGAGCCUGACCAAAUAAUUGCAAAAUCAAUCAAUCAGUCGCACUCGUUGUUCGUUGUUCUCUUCUUUACUGUUGAUCAAUUUCCCAAUUCUAUCUACACGUUAUAUAUGUAUACAAUGUGAAUAAAUGUUAUGAUUAUACC